AUGACGAACGGGACCGUGAUCACAGAAGCGAGCAGCAACAGCAACAGCGACUACAGUCUCCAGUUGAACCGAUGGUUCUUGAAACCGAUCGGCGCGUGGCCCUCGUCUCCCUCCACAACGAGACUCGAGAAGAUCGUUUCGUUCAUUCUGAACGUCGUUUGCUACAGCUCCGUGAUACUAGCCGCGAUCCCCAGCGUGCUGCUGAUGAUUCAGAACGACGAGACCGUCUAUGUAAAGCUGAAGACGCUGGGCCCGGUGAGUCACUGGUUCGUCAGCAGCGUUAAUUACACCGCUCUACUGCUGAACAGCAGAGAAAUACGCGAGUGCGUGGAACACAUAAAGGACGACUGGCGAACAGUGACCAGGGAGAAGGAUCAACAGGUGAUGAUGAGGAACGCGAAAUUCGGUCGUUACGUGGCUGCUUCGUGCGCCAUCUUCAUGCAGGGUGGCGUUCUGUGCUUUUGUUUCGUUACGGCGUUAACCACGGUGGAGGUAGAAAUCGGUAACGAGACGAGGGUGUUGCACGUGCUACCUUGCGCGGUGUCCAGGAGGCUGUUGAACGUCGACGAGAGCCCAACGAACGAGAUCGUCGUCUUUUUGCAAAUCUGGUCCGCUAUUAUCGCGAACUCCAGCACCGUCGGCAUUUUCAGUCUUGCGGCUGUUCUAGCUGCUCACGCGUGCGGCCAGCUGGACGUGAUCACGAUAUGGAUCACCGAGUUUGUCAACGAGGCGAAGGAGCAGACGAAAAUUGGCGGUUUCAAGGAAAUUGGCGUAAUCGUGGAACGUCAUCUGCGGACUCUAAAUUUUAUAUCGUGCAUCGAGGCUGUGAUGAAUAAGAUAUACUUUUUGGAGAUGUUCAGAUGCACGAUGGAUAUAUGCAUAAUUGGCUACUGGCUACUUACGGAAUGGGCUGACCGCGAUAUUCAGAACUUAACUACGUACGUCAUGAUGCUCAUUUCGAUCUGUUUUAACAUUUUCAUAAUAUGUUACAUCGGUGAAAUAUUAACGGAGCAGUGCAGGAAAAUUGGUGAAGUUGUUUAUAUGACGAACUGGUACUAUUUACCUGUUAACACGAUUCUCGACCUGGUUUUGAUUAUUGCGCGAUCGAGCGUGGUCGUUCACAUCACCGCCGGAAAAUUGGUCAAUAUGUCCGUUUACACAUUCGGCGAUGUGGUAAAAACCGGUUUCGCGUAUUUGAAUCUCUUGCGCCAAAUGACGUGA